UCUGUUUUCACAAUGGAGACACCACGUAGUGUAUGCGGUUGUGUGUUCACCCUCCUCUUCCUAUUGCCCGCGCUAUCACUGGGCGCUUCUACCAAGCCCGUUCCCGAACAGGUUAAAUAUGUCGGCAUCUCCUACGACAUCAUCAAGGGAAACCCCGAGGGUAACCAAAAGACUGGAGGGGUCGACCCCGGGCUCUUGACGACUCGGCGUGUCUUGAAACUCACCUACGACAACGGGAAAGUGACGGCCGACAACGAGUACCGAGUGCCCGACGAAGUGGAUUUCGUGCGACGUAGUAGCUCUUACACGUCGCAAGAGAAAGAUACGUUUUACGGAACGAAGAGCUACGCCAAGAAGCUCUCCCAUCAGGUGAAUGUCGAUGUUGACGUUUCAGCUGUCUUCGCUAGCUUCCAGUUUGCUGCCAGCCAUCAAUACCAGUCCAUCAAGAAUGAUGAAAGUACCAAGGGUUACGUGUACUUCUCAGAGCAAACGAUCGAGAACUAUGGCAGUAUUCGCUACCUGACGACCCUGGCCAACACUGACGGGUUCGAGCCCAGUCGAGAGUUCCGUGUUGCCGUCUGCGGUCUGCCCACUACCUACGACAGAGCGGCCUACAUGACGUUCCUCUCCGACUGGGGAACGCACGUUGUGACGGAAGCUCAAUUGGGGUCUCGUUCGGGCACAACCUAUCGUGAGGACACGUCAUCUUUCAUCAAAGAUUCCACGCGAGAUAUGUCCAACAGCGUAAGUGUUGGAGGUAGCUACAAAAUCGUCUCUGCAUCGUUAUCAGUGAACAUGGACAGGUUCACCAAGACUGCAGCGUCGCAGGACAAGUUCGGCAAAGUCUACAAAGAGUACACAGUGGGCAGCCUGGAGUAUAAUGAACCCAUCAGCAUAGAUCUCAUAGGGCUCAAUGAAGUGUUGGAUUCCAAGUUCUGGACCAGACAGACGGACUAUGAAACCAGCGGAGAUUGCCCAGCCAAUUGGCAAAGAGGAACUAUCCAAGCAAACAUCUUGACAGCUUUCAAUGAUUAUCCCGCUUACAAUGAUGUCACUCCUAGUGAAGACAUUCAGGUGGAAAUGACGCUGACAUGGCCGGACGGAAAAUACGCGCUUCCCGAGGCGGCGACACUAGCAGGGGAUACCUGCCCGGCAUCACCAUUUACGUGGGACUUCGGCAUGCUGUACCAGUACACGGACACAGCCGGGGCCAACACAUGCUCCAAGGGGAAUCAUCUGACCAACUAUUGUGACAAUGAGUCCUUGAGGAGCUACUACUGCGUCAAGUCCACCCCAAAAGCUUCAUCAAGCUCGUGGUCUUGGAUGCCUGGUGUGUACUGCAUCUACAAAGUUGGCACAACUUGUCCAGACGGGUUCACGAGUGGUAACAUCAGAUGGAACGAUGUAAGUAGAGCGGUUGACCCGGACUAUAACACAAUGCCCUCGGGGACCUAUACCGGUGGACCAACAGAAAUCGAGUACUGUUGCCGUGAAGACGGCAGUGCCGCCAACCCAAUCAUCCUACCAGCGGGAAGCAGCUUUUACCUCAUGAAAUUCCAUGGGGCAUGUCAGACGGUACUUGGCAUGACUGUAACGGAGGAAUCUCUCGAGUGGGCUACCAUGGAAGCCAAUCCCACCACGAUGCAGGAUGGAGAACAUCCUAAACCCGGCAAUACGGGCCAUAAUGUCAAGAUCUUCUACUGCUUCUAUCAACCAGAAACGGCUACGAAGAAAAGCGUUGGUCUCCUGGCCGAGGGUGCAGGUGAAGUAAAGAAAGAACUGGAAGAAGUCAAAAAGCUCGUCAACUUGCUAGAAAACCAGCUCGAUCAUAGUAAGAGAGUUGCACUUAAGAAGGAAGAUGAGGGUGAUGAAGAUGAUAUGGAAUUGAGAGGAUUCAGUGAAAGGGAUGAGUGGAGUGCCCGUGAGGAGUGGAGUGCAAGAGAAGAGGAUCUAGUGGAGGAGGAUAAUAUGGAAUUGAGAGGAGGCAGUGAAAGGGAUGAGUGGAGUGCCCGUGAGGAGUGGAGUGCCCGUGAGGAGUGGAGUGCAAGAGAAGAGGAUCUAGUGGAGGAGGAUAAUAUGGAAUUGAAAGGAUUCAGUGAAAAGGAUGAGUGGAGUGCCCGUGAGGAGUGGAGUGCCCGUGAGGAGUGGAGUGCAAGAGAAGAGGAUCUAGUGGAGGAUGAACAGCGUGGCGAAGAAGACAAUGGGAAUUCCCACUUCAAGAAAUGGGAACGGCUCCUCGAACUGCUUGAAAAGGCAAUUGCAAGGGAAGACGACAUGGCGGGUGACGUCGAGGAUAAGCGUGGUGAGCUUGCGCCGGAGAAUGAGUUAAGUGAAGAAGACACUUCAGUUGAGAUUGAGGACAAGAAGUUCAAGGAAAUGGUGCGGGAUUUGAAACUUGAGCUGCUCCUGCGUGAAAUAAAGAAGGAGGAUGAGGAGGAGGAGGAUGAUAUGGAAUUGAGAGGAUUCAGUGAAAAGGAUGAGUGGAGUGCCCGUGAGGAGUGGAGUGCCCGUGAGGAGUGGAGUGCAAGAGAAGAGGAUCUAGUGGAGGAGGAUAAUAUGGAAUUGAAAGGAUUCAGUGAAAAGGAUGAGUGGAGUGCCCGUGAGGAGUGGAGUGCCCGUGAGGAGUGGAGUGCAAGAGAAGAGGAUCUAGUGGAGGAUGAACAGCGUGGCGAAGAAGACAAUGGGAAUUCCCACUUCAAGAAAUGGGAACGGCUCCUCGAACUGCUUGAAAAGGCAAUUGCAAGGGAAGACGACAUGGCGGGUGACGUCGAGGAUAAGCGUGGUGAGCUUGCGCCGGAGAAUGAGUUAAGUGAAGAAGACACUUCAGUUGAGAUUGGAGACAAGAAGUUCAAGGAAAUGGUGCGGGAUUUGAAACUUGAGCUGCUCCUGCAUGAAAUAAAGAAGGAGGAUGAAGAGGAGGAUGAUAUGGAAUUGAGAAGAGCCAGUGAAUGGGAUGAGGGGGAGGAUAAUAUGGAAUUGAGAGGAGGCAGUGAAAGGGAUGAGUGGAGUGCCCGUGAGGAGUGGAGUGCCCGUGAGGAGUGGAGUGCAAGAGAAGAGGAUCUAGUGGAGGAGGAUAAUAUGGAAUUGAAAGGAUUCAGUGAAAAGGAUGAGUGGAGUGCCCGUGAGGAGUGGAGUGCAAGAGAAGAGGAUCUAGUGGAGGAUGAACAGCGUGGCGAAGAAGACAAUGGGAAUUCCCACUUCAAGAAAUGGGAACGGCUCCUCGAACUGCUUGAAAAGGCAAUUGCAAGGGAAGACGACAUGGCGGGUGACGUCGAGGAUAAGCGUGGUGAGCUUGCGCCGGAGAAUGAGUUAAGUGAAGAAGACACUUCAGUUGAGAUUGAGGACAAGAAGUUCAAGGAAAUGGUGCGGGAUUUGAAACUUGAGCUGCUCCUGCGUGAAAUAAAGAAGGAGGAUGAGGAGGAGGAGGAUGAUAUGGAAUUGAGAGGAUUCAGUGAAAAGGAUGAGUGGAGUGCCCGUGAGGAGUGGAGUGCCCGUGAGGAGUGGAGUGCAAGAGAAGAGGAUCUAGUGGAGGAGGAUAAUAUGGAAUUGAAAGGAUUCAGUGAAAAGGAUGAGUGGAGUGCCCGUGAGGAGUGGAGUGCCCGUGAGGAGUGGAGUGCAAGAGAAGAGGAUCUAGUGGAGGAUGAACAGCGUGGCGAAGAAGACAAUGGGAAUUCCCACUUCAAGAAAUGGGAACGGCUCCUCGAACUGCUUGAAAAGGCAAUUGCAAGGGAAGACGACAUGGCGGGUGACGUCGAGGAUAAGCGUGGUGAGCUUGCGCCGGAGAAUGAGUUAAGUGAAGAAGACACUUCAGUUGAGAUUGAGGACAAGAAGUUCAAGGAAAUGGUGCGGGAUUUGAAACUUGAGCUGCUCUUGCGUGAAAUAAAGAAGGAGGAUGAAGAGGAGGAUGAUAUGGAAUUGAGAAGAGCCAGUGAAUGGGAUGAGGGGGAGGAUAAUAUGGAAUUGAGAGGAGGCAGUGAAAGGGAUGAGUGGAGUGCCCGUGAGGAGUGGAGUGCCCGUGAGGAGUGGAGUGCAAGAGAAGAGGAUCUAGUGGAGGAGGAUAAUAUGGAAUUGAAAGGAUUCAGUGAAAGGGAUGAGUGGAGUGCCCGUGAGGAGUGGAGUGCCCGUGAGGAGUGGAGCGCAAGAGAGGAGGAUCUAGUGGAGGAUGAACAGCGUGGCGAAGAAGACAAUGGCAAUGUCGACGUCAAGAAAUGGGAACGGCUCCUCGAACUGCUGGAAAAGGCAAUUGCACCCUAACUGCAUGGAUGAGGAUUACAUAUAAUCUAUAGGGUGGGCUGACUUGGGCAAAUGUGAUAUCUAUUGGGCGGAUAGGCUUGGAAAAGUAGGAUCAUGUAGGUGUUUGGGGGGCUUAUAGCAUGGGGUAAAGCAAUUUAUUAGUGGAUAUGCAUGUAAAAGACUGCCGUGCAGUCUGGUGACUAUUACGAUGUAUGCAUUUUGUGUUGGUUAAGUGGGAACUCUCUCUCCAUCUCUCUCUCUCUCUCUUCUCUCUCUCUCUCUCUCUUCUCUCUCU